GUAUCCCCGCCUGGCCCGGCGGAUUACUGCAGCAGCUGCGGCGUGUUCCUCGCCUGAGAGUUGUGCCGUGCAUAAUCGGGAACAGUGAACUUGGCCACGUACCUGUUGCUCUGGACCACAGUUGCAUGCAUGCUGCUACGCUGCAAGGCACAGCCAUGCUUGCUCCUCGCUGCUGCCUGCUUCGCUGGAAUUAAAACGGCAACUUUCCCCCAGCAGCUGUCUUGACGGCACGUUGCCGCGAGAGCGCGCACCGUGCCCAGCCGUGCGCAGCAGCCGACGCUGCCGCAUGCAGCGAGAGGCCGCCUGCCCGUGCUGCCGCCUGCGCUUGGCCCUCCUGGCGCAGAAGAUCGACAGUCGGCCAGACAGACAAAACGCACCGCAAGGCUGGAGUUUAUCCCUCCUCUGCCGGAGAGGCGCGGGAGCGCCGUGGCGGAGGCAAGAAGGAAACGCGGCAUUAGCAGGCUCCGUGUGGCUCGCCCCGUGGACCGCCCCGUCGUGUGGCCCCGAGCGGCUCUCCAUGCUCCGGGGGGGCAGAGUCGUCUGACGCGGCUGGGCUCGUGGAGGGCUCCCCCGUGAUCGCCGGCCCAGGACGAGGCCCUUGCGGGCGAAAGCGGGGAUGCCCACCCCUCCUCAGGCCCCCGGGGAGAAGGAAGCGGAGAAGGUGGCCCAGGUCACGCAGCCUCAGAAGCUGAGUGGGGGCAUGCAGGCGGACGAAGGCACCGACUGGCUCCUGGAGCUGCUGACCGAGGUGCAGCUGCAGCAGUACUUCCUGCGGAUCCGCGACGACCUCAACGUCACGCGCCUGUCGCACUUCGAGUAUGUCAAGAACGAGGAUCUGGAGAAGAUCGGCAUGGGCCGGCCCGGUCAGAGGCGGCUUUGGGAGGCAGUGAAGAGGAGGAAGGCCGUUUGCAAGAGGAAAUCCUGGAUGAGCAAGGUCUUCAGCGGGAAGCGGCCUGACUCGGAGUUCCAGCCCCCGCCACAGAGCUUGCCAGGCAAGAGGUCCACGCCGCCGCCCCUUGAGGAGGGGCAGCAGCAGGCCCUGACCUGCCUGAUCAGCGAGAAGGACCUGAUCCUCUUUGAGAAGCUGGGUGACGGCUCAUUCGGGGUGGUGCGGCGUGGGGAGUGGUGCGCACCCUCCGGCAAGCUGCUGAACGUGGCGGUCAAGUGUCUGAAGACGGAUGUGCUCAGCCAGCCCGAGGCCCUGGACGACUUCAUCCGCGAGGUCAACGCGAUGCAUUCCUUGGACCACAUGAACCUCAUCCGCCUGUACGGGGUGGUGCUCUCCAACCCCAUGAAAAUGGUCACGGAGCUGGCCCUGUUGGGCUCCCUGCUGGACCGCCUGCGCAAGAACCAGGGGCACUUCCUGAUCGCCACGCUCUGCCAGUACGCCGUCCAGAUCGCCCGGGGCAUGGCCUACCUGGAGUCCAAGCGCUUCAUCCACCGCGACCUGGCCGCCCGCAACAUCCUGCUGGCCGCCAACGACCUGGUCAAGAUCGGCGACUUCGGGCUCAUGCGGGCCUUGCCCAAGAACGACGACCACUACGUCAUGCAGGAGCACCGCAAGGUCCCCUUCGCCUGGUGUGCUCCCGAGAGCCUGAAGACCCGCACCUUCUCGCACGCCAGCGACACCUGGAUGUUUGGAGUCACGCUGUGGGAGAUGUUCACCUAUGGGCAGGAGCCGUGGGUCGGCCUGAACGGAAGUCAGAUUUUGCACAAGAUCGACAAGGAGGGAGAGCGGCUGGCCCGGCCGGAGGACUGCCCCCAGGACAUUUACAACGUCAUGCUGCAGUGCUGGGCGCACAAACCAGAAGACCGGCCCACCUUUGUGGCCCUGCGGGACUUCCUGCUGGAGGCGCAGCCCACGGACAUGCGGGCCCUGCAGGACUUCGAAGAGCCGGACAAGCUCCUGAUCCAGAUGAACGACAUCAUCACAGUCAUCGAGGGCAGGGCUGAGAAUUACUGGUGGCGGGGCCAGAACAAGCGGACGCUGAAGGUGGGCCAGUUCCCGCGGAACACGGUGACCUCGGUGGCGGGGCUCUCGGCGCACGACAUCAGCCAGCCGCUGAAGAACAGCUUCAUCCACACGGGCCACGGAGACACCAACCCGCAGCAGUGCUGGGGCUUCCCCGACAAGAUCGAUGAGCUGUACCUGGGCAACCCCAUGGACCCCCCGGACGUCCUAGGGAUGGACUGGAAUGCCGCACGGCCCACGCAGCUCCCCGGAAGGAACAGAAGGGAGCCGCCGCCCCGGCCACCUCAGCCCUCGAUCCUUCUCAAGAAGCCCUCCUACGACCCCGUCAGCGACGCGGACGCCACGCUCUCCGCCGGUCUCAGGCACCUCUGCCUGAAGAAGAAGCCGGGACCGUCCAGGGGCCUGCGCCCCGCCAAGCCGUCGGCCUUGGUCGCGGGCACCAAGGUGGGCGAGCGCCUGCUGCUGCCACGGAGCAGAGGGGGCGCCUUGCCCGGGAGCGAGGUGACGCUGAUAGACUUCGGCGACGAGCCCGUCCCCACCACCCCGUCCCCCGUGGGGGAGCUCUCUGCGCCGUCGCUGGCCCGGCUGGCUUUGGAGGCCUGCUCCCUGCUGGACAAGACCCCCCCGCAGAGCCCCAGCCAGGCCCUGCCCCGGCCCCUGCACCCCACCCCCGUCGUGGACUGGAACACGCGCCCCCUGCCCGCCCCGCCCGCCUACGACGACGUGGCCCAAGACGAGGAGGACUUCGAGGUGUGCUCCAUCAACAGCGCAGAGGGGCUGGCGAGGCCACGGGGCGGCCGGAAGGGCUGGGGGGCGGGGGAGACCGGCAGCGGCCUCUCCCCCGAGGGGGAGCACGCGGCCCCCCUGCUGGAGGACAACCUCUUCCUCCUGCCCAAGGGGGCCAAGCAGGCCAGUCCCGCCCAGACGACGGAGAUCUUCCAGGAGCUGCAGCAGGAGUGCAUGAAGCACCUCAACGUGCCCCUGGCCGCCCCCUCGGGGGCCUCCACUUCCAGCCCGGGGGAGGACAAGCCCCAGGUCCCCCCGCGGGUGCCGCUCGUGCCGCGGCCCCCCUGGCGGGGCGAGCACGGCCAGCGCUCUGGGGAGCUGUCGCCGGCCUCAGGGGGCGAGGAGGACCGCCCGCCCCAGAUCCCUCCCCGGGACCCCCUGUCCCAGCCCGGCUCGCGGACCCCCAGCCCCAUGGCCCUGCAGGGGGGGUCCCCGCAGCCCCGAGCCAACCUCUGCUCCCCGCUGUCCCUGAACGCCUUCCUGUCCACCUCUCCCGGGAAGCCGCUCAUGCCCACCACCCAGAGCUUCGCCCUGGACCCCAAGUACGCCACCCCCAAGGUCAUCCAGGCGCAGGGCAAGGAGAACGCCAGGGGGCCCUGCAUCCUGCCCAUCGUCAAGGACGGCCGGAAGGUCAGCCACACGCACUACUACCUGCUCCCGGAGCGGCCGCCCUACCUGGACAAGUACGAGAAGUUCUUCAAGGAGGCCAAGAGCCCCGAGGAGGGUCCACCGCCGGCCCGGGUGGUCACCACGGCCACCGUGCGGCCGAUGGUGCAGCAGCCGCCGGACUGCAAAGCCAACUUCUCCAACAACAGCAACGUCGCCGUCAAGGCCACGUGCGGCCUUCAGAAGAUCAUCUACGACGGCUCGGACGGCCCUCGGCCCUCGGAUAAGAUACGACUGGUCCAGGAGAUGGUGCACGGCGUCACCACAGAGGAGUGCCAGGCAGCCCUGCAGAAUCAUGGCUGGAACGUGCAGAGAGCCAUUCGGUACCUGAAGGUGGAGCAGCUCUUCUGCCUGGGACUCAAGACGCGACAGGAGUGCCACAAAGUUCUGGAGAUGUUCGACUGGAACCUGGAGCAGGCCAGCUCCCACCUGCUGGACCCCUACAGCGCCUUCCGGCUCAAGCGAUGACCGCCCAUCACCCUGUGAAGCAGAAGCAGCAGCAGCCGGCCAGCGGUGGCGGCUCACGGCUAGUGCUCUCCUGGAGACCGUCUUCUUCCAGGCGUGCGGACCAAGAGCUGGUUCCAAGGUGGAGGACGAAGGAACGGACGAGAACAAGGCUGGGGAUGCCCGGAGCCGCUGGGACGAGGCCGUGGGCGCCCCGCUGCCGCAGACGCAGGCGGUCCCGAGUGCGCUUGCGUUUCCCCGAUGCCCACUCCUGCGUGCUAUUCCCGUCGCUUGCUGUCAAAUUUAUUUUGUAAAGAGAAGUGUUACGUUAAUAUAUAAAUAUUCUAUUCUA